AUACAACGUUUGUUUCACUCUCUGUCCAACAACCCGUGAUUUGGAGGUUAUUCAUGGUUGUCUUGUCUUGUUUCUCUCAUAUCCAUCUCCUUCAUCUCCUCCUCUCUUGUCCCUUUAUUCCUCCUCUGUUUUUACCAACUCCUCAAAAUUUCCUUUUCUCUUGCUUGGGAAUUAGAAAAGAGCCCGAAUCACCCUUCAUCGUCACCGUCAUCGCCUUCCUCGCCGCGACACCAAUGCGCGGAGAUUCCUGCAUUUGCACGCUGUGGCGCUUGAUUUGAGCAGAGGGGUGCGCACAGUUUCGCCAUUGGCGAAGACCCUUUGCGACCGAAUGGAGGAUGGAGCCUUCGCAGGCAGACUAAUGGAAGGAGAGAGAAACAUGAAGAUGUCCCAUUAGUAGACCGAUUCGCGAUUUCGUUUCCUUUUUAAACGGUAAGAGAACGCGUGAUUCGUUCUUGCAUUCCCCCUUCGAUUUUACAUUGUGCCGUUUUUAGCGGAUGAAAGAAGGAAAAAUCAUCCCUUUCGACUUGUCGAGAGAUUUUAGGGGCUGCUUGUUCUGGAGGGGGUUGAGUUACAUCUGUCACGACAAUGACGAUCAAAGGAAUCUACAAAAGCUUCAAGUACAUCUCCCAAAUCUUUGGUGAUCAAAUGGUAGUUCAUGCUUCGUGAUUGAUUAUUUGAAAAUGGGGGGUAUUCGUUCUGUAGUCCUGAAGGAACGCGAAAUGGAAAUCGGGUACCCGACUGAUGUUAAGCAUGUUUCUCAUAUUGGAUGGGAUGGUCCAUCCGGUAAUGGACCCAGCUGGAUGAAUGAGUUCAGGGCCGCACCCGAGUUUUCGGGCUCGCUCCGUUCAAUCGGUGAGCCUGGAGAUUCUAAUAUGGUGGGUCAUCAUCUAAGGUCCUCUCCGGUGGAUAAUGAACAAUCUGGGUCGGGCCAACCUGCAUUUGAUAUGGUUGAAGAUUCUCCGCCGACAGAACUCUUUAAAGGAUCGAAGAAACAAAAACGGAAAAAGGCUAGGUCGACGUCAUCUCCGAAGUUGUCAAGGCCCUCUAGAGCACCGAAAUCAAAGGCCAAGCCCUUCGAUGUGGAGGACACUCCUAAUUGUUAAGUGUAAUUUCCAUGUUGGAGGCCUUCUGAAUAAGUAAAAAAACGAAGCUGUUAAUGUCCACGACCACAAGGAAAUUGCAAACCACUUCCUUGGAGGUCAACAGAGCACAAGAAGUGGCAUCCAGAGAACUACACCAGGUGUUGUAAAUCCAAAGCUGUCUAGAUGUUUAUCAGUCAAUGUCUGUAAUGAAGAUUUGGAUUGCCUCUUUUGGAGGUUACCAGUUCAUAAGAAGGAACAGUUGUAAAGCUAUUGAACAUAGUGCUAGUAUAACUAGGGAUUUUUUGUGUAUGGAAAGUGAUGAUCAAUCUUUAAUUGCUUUAGUAAUUGAGUUAGGAUUCUUCCUAGAGCCAAAGUAUAUAAAGUUACAUGAUGACUGUAAAGCCGAUAUUGUGUUGUUCUGGUUUUUGGACACUCACUUGUUUUUGUCUUCUCUGA